AUGGCUAUAUCAUGCACUUGCAUUAUUAUUUUGAUGUUAGUGCCACUUGUCUUUGUUGGCAUCACCACCAAUGCUGGAACUCACAAAUUGUCACCCUUGGAUCAAGAAGCCAAUGCUAUGCUUUCAAUUAGUAAAGAGUUGUGGAGUAACCAACAUAAGAAUGUCUCAAACCGUUGCAACUGGCCCGGAGUCAACUGCAACAAAGCUGGAAGUAUAACAUUGCUUUCACCUCCAACUCCAAGUAAUUUCACCCUCGAGUUCAUGACACAACUCUGCUUUUUGAAACUAAACUUUUCAGUGUUUCAAAAUCUAGUCCAUCUAGAUCUCAGUGAAAUGGGGUUAUGUGAGUUCCCUAAACUAAGUGGUCUCAAGAAGCUACAACAUCUCAACCUAUCAUACAACUAUUUAGGAGGUGAGCUUCCUUUUACAUUAUUGGAAAAUCUAACUCAACUUCUUGUGUUGGACAUUUCUAACAAUUAUAUUAUUAGUGGUACAAUUCCACAAGAACUAAUCAAACUGGAGAGACUUGUCACGUUGGACUUGAGUGCCAACGCGUUCAGCGAAGCAGGAGAAUUCAUGUCCACUCUGACAAAGCCAUCUACUCAACAAUUAUUGGUGAAAGAUGUGUUGGAUCCGCGGAUUCCACUUCCGAAAUCUCGGAAAGAUAUGCAAGAUGUUGUGCAUGUUGUAAAGCUAGCAUUAGCAUGCCUCUCCUCUGACCCAAAAUCCAGACCAUCAAUGCAGGAUGUGGCUAAUGAGCUUUCAGCUUCCAAGGCUUCAAUGAAUUCUUCUUUUUUUGAUGUCUCAAUCUACCAAUUGAUGCAUUAG